AUGAUGAUGAAUGAAGAUGACGAUGAGCUCUUAGGUUACCCUCUUGCGUGAUUCGAGUUAAACUACAUCUCUCGACGCUAUUCCUUUUUUUUUUAUGGUUUCUCCCCCCCACCCCCCUUUAAAAUCAGGGAUCCGAGUAAGGGAUCAAAUCCGACACCGAUGUGGUGAACAUAAAUCAGGAAGUUUAAUAAUUCUAGCACACCGCCGGCCCGUGUAAUGCUCGCCAGAUUUUCCUCCCACGUGUGUUAGAUGGGAGAAAGUGUACCGAUUCGCUGUCAAUCGUUCACACAGUAAGGCUACUUCUCCCGUCAAGAUUGCAAAAAGAAAAGAAAAAUCAGCCCGCUGUCCAAAACGGCCCAGCUGGUGAUGCCACAUUCGCAUCUACUUGCAUUUUCGACAGGUUGCAAAAGAACACAAGUGGAAGCAGAUGGUGUGCAAAUUUAACACAACGCAAAGAGCGACGAAGAAGACCAACUAGCCCUGGGCUCUUUGCUCAAGAGGUGGUGGCUUGUGCGCGAGUUGAUGGGUGGUGGGCCUUGCAUUCUGCAAGGGGUAAUCAACAAACAAUAGGGAAAAAAAAUUGGGAUCUGGGUUUUAGAGGGGCUAGAUAAGGAUCCAUGUGGUAGAUUCAAGCAUCCUCUUCUUUACGGUCAAACACCGGGGGGUAAGGGGGGCGGGUCUUGCGUGAUAUCGUAUACGUUUACACAUGCCACCGCAUACUUUUCUUUUACAAAAGUGGCAAGAGCUGGGACCGGAGAUUGCCCCUGCUUGUUGUUAACCCAAGAUAACACCUCUCCAGCAUUUAAGUAUCGCAGCUUUUCUUCUUCUUAGUGGAGACAAGUUUUCAGUAACCGUAUCAUUAGUUGUUCAUAGUUACAUCAUGUCCGAGUCAAUCCCCAAAACGCAAAAGGCUGUUGUCUUUCAGGACAACGGAGGCAAGUUGGAGUACAAGGAUAUCCCAGUCCCCACCCCCAAACCCAAUGAACUUUUGAUCCACGUCAAGUACUCCGGUGUGUGCCACACCGACUUGCACGCGUGGAAGGGCGACUGGCCCUUACCGACAAAGAAGCCGUUGGUUGGCGGCCACGAGGGCGCUGGUGUUGUCGUUGGCAUGGGAGACAAUGUCCAAGGCUGGAAGAUUGGAGACUACGCUGGGAUCAAGUGGCUCAAUGGCUCGUGCUUGACCUGCGAGUACUGCGAACAAGGAGCCGAGCCAAACUGUCCCAAGGCGGAUUUAUCAGGAUACACCCACGACGGGUCGUUUGAGCAAUAUGCCACGGCCGACGCGGUUCAAGCUGCCAGGAUCCCCAAAAAUGCAGACUUGGCGCAAGCAGCCCCCAUUUUGUGUGCUGGUGUCACCGUGUACAAGGCCUUGAAAACCGCCAAUGUGAAAGCAGGAGACUGGGUCUGCGUCUCUGGUGCUGGCGGCGGCUUGGGAUCCUUGGCAAUCCAAUAUGCCAUUGCCAUGGGCUACCGGGUUCUCGCCAUAGACGGCGGUGCCGACAAGGGAGAGUACUGUGUAAUGUUGGGAGCCGAGGCCUACCUCGAUUACACCAAGGAGAAAGAUCUCGUUACUGCCGUUGAAAAAGUGACCAACGGCGGACCACAUGCCGUGAUUAACGUUGCUGUAUCCGAGGAGGCAAUCGACCAGUCUGUGAAAUAUGUGAGGCCCUUGGGCACCGUCGUUUUGGUGGGCUUGCCCGCCGGCUCAAAAGUGUCUGCCUCGGUGUUUUUCGCCAUUGUCAAGACUAUUCAAAUCAAGGGAUCUUAUGUCGGUAACAGACAGGACACCUCCGAGGCAUUGGAUUUCUUUGCCAGGGGUUUGGUCAACUGCCCCAUAAAAGUUGUCGGCCUUAGCGAAUUGCCAAAAGUGUUCAAGUUGAUGGGAGAAGGUAAGAUCAUGGGUAGAUACGUGCUCGAUACUAGUAAGUAA